AUGGAAAGAGGAGAACCAUCAUCCGCAGCAGAAAGAUCACCAAAGAAUAAAGAGCAUCCGCCUAUCGAUGAAGCCAUUGCUCUCAUUAUCUCUGGUCAGACAAACGCAGAAAACGUAGCUACCUUAGACACGUUGACAACAGCUCAAUUACUCUCCUAUACGUCUGACGGCCUCGAUCCUUUAACUGUGUUGAAUCCAGUAACACACUCUUUGGCCUAUUUGUAUUUCAUUGGAGCAAGAAGCAAGGAUGCCACAGCAAGUAAUGGAAAGCAUUUGUUUGAGAUGCUUAGUCACUUUAUCCAGGUAUUUGAUCCUGAGCAGAUUCAAGCAGCACCUACUCGAUUCACCAUCAUUGGAAAGGCUUUAUUGCAUCUUACCAAAGUCCUGAAACAGCCUCUUUUACCGCUGCAAUCAUUCAAAACUGCCAUUGAGCGAUUUUCAUUAAACCAACCCACAUUGACAUCGCUUCAUGCACCCUUCAUUCGAGCCUGCAUUUCAGCGAAACAAUAUAGAUUUCCUCUGGAUUUAUUGAAUCGAGACAUUGAAAUUUUGGAUACCACAAAAAACGACAUCAAUAUCCAACGCUUCCUGGAAUACUACUAUUAUGGAGCUCUCGUCUACAUAGGCAACUUGAACUAUGAUCGUGCCUUGGACUUUUUAUCCAUCGCCAUCUCAGUACCCACUCAAAAAGCGAUCAGUGCUAUUCAAGUAGCAGCCUACAGGUACUUUGUGCUCGCUUCAUUGAUUGUGGAUGGACAAGUGCGCACACUGCCUAAAUAUACAGCUCAGGGGGUAGAGAAGGUCUGUAGAACGCAUGCCAGCGCUUAUUUGAGCUUGGUCAAGGCAUUCACAGACACCGAUCUCGCCAUGUUUCAUGAUGUGGCAUCCAAGCAUUCAGGCAUUUUUGAAGCAAACAAGCACAUGGGGCUAGUGAAGCAGUGUUUACAGUCGCUGCGUCGCAAAAUCAUCAAGGAGCUGACAAACGUGUAUAUUACAGUUGGAUUGAACGAAAUGGCAGAGAAAAUUGGAGGUGUUACAGCUCGAGAAUUGGAGCUGAUUCUGAUCGAGAUGAUUAACCAAAAGCAAGUAUCGGCUACCAUGUCCAUCACUGAGCAGCAUGUCAAGAUGGUCCAUUUCAUUGAUCAACCCGACAAGAAGGAGAUCAACUUGGAGGAUCGCAUAUUCAGCAUUGCUGCCAUCAAUGAGCGUGUGUCUAUCAUGAACAAAUUGGAAGGCUUGAAUCGAGAUUUCCAGACAAAGUACAUGACGCUCAGUGCCAACGGUGGUCAAUUAGCUUCUGCUUCGUAUGAUGAAGAUUUCGACAUUUCAGUGGAUGAUGACAAUAAGGCUUUCUCUUGA